AUAGUGGCAUUUUGAUAUUGGUAUUGCAGGAAUUACUCUUUUGUCUUAUAAUUAUUCAGCUAGCAGAUAUUUGAACUAUUAAUUAGACUCAUUUGAGUAUAAACUGAAACUGUACUUGGAAUUCCUUUUUCAAGUAUUAAAAAACGGUAGUCUUUUUUUUGCAUCCUCAUUAUCGAUUUCAAUAUUUUUUUGUCUGACGUUGACCUCUCUCUCUCUUUUCCUGUAUCGUCAGAAUAGAAGACAUUUUUAAUUUUUUACGACAAAAAUCCAACCUCACUUAUCAUUAGACAGCAGGACGCGUGUUUCGAGUUUCAAGAAUCCACCAUUAAUAAAGUAAAAACGACUCUUUUCAUCAAGUUUCCGUUUCAACAUGAGUUUAUAUUGUUGGGGUGCUAACAGUCAUGGUCAGUUAGGAUUAGGGCACAAAUCUGAAGCGGAACCGAAACCAAAGGAAGUUUCUUUGAAGGGUUCCGAUCUCAACGUCAAAGAUAUCGUGUCUAUAGCAGGAGGAGCUGGACAUACUUUGAUUCUGAACAACAAAGGCUAUGUUUAUUGCUGUGGGUGGAAUUCCAAGGGACAGCUGGGUCUUUCCGAUGAUACCUUGAAGUUGACCCAGAUAGAAAUUUUGAAGGAGUUCCAUAUAGUUCAAAUUUCGUGUGGUUGGGAUUUCAGUGCCGCUGUGUCGGAAUGCGGAAAGCAGUUUGUGUGGGGAAACAACCAAUACACCCAACUCGGCCUAUCAAAAAGCAUAACAUGUACAGGAAUACCAUCAAGACUGCAGGUUUCUCAAAAAUUAGCUUCUGGUUUCCAUCACGUAAGUUGUGGUUUACGACACUCUGCAAUGAUCACAAGGGAUGGAGGACUUCUGGUUGCUGGCACCGGGGCCAAAGGUCAAUUAGGGAUAGGUCAUAAUUUUGAUGACAACAACUAUUUAAGUAUAUCCAAAGUUCCUGAUCUUGAAAAUGUGAUUAGUGCUGACAGUGGACAGAACCAUACGGUAGUGCUUAGGGACAAUGGCAUCGUACUUAGUUGGGGUGAAAAUAAGUAUGGUCAACUUGGUGUGGAUCCCACUGUAGCUAAUAGUUUUGUACCUUUGGAAGUGUUCAAUAAUGAGGGCCUGAAGUCCGUUCACGCUGGUUGGACCCAUACUGCUGGGCUCACGAAAAACGGAGAAGUUUUUACUUGGGGUCGAAAUAAUUUCGGCCAACUAGGAGCCGAGAGGGAGGUGCCAUACAAACCAACAAGAAUUCCUACUCUGAAGAGUGUUGUUCAACUUAGUCUCGGUUCCGAACAUAACUUGGCUGUAACGAGCGAUGGAAAAUUAUAUUCUUGGGGUUGGAACGAGCACGGUAGUUGUGGAACAGGUGAUAAAAAAGACGUUAAGGUACCUACUCAAAUACUAGUUAAUAAAAGAGUCAAGUACGCUUUUGCUUGUACUGGUAGUUCGUUUGCUGUUGUUGAAUAACAUUAAGACGCAUCAAUUCUCAUUGUGGAUCUUUCAUGUUCAUGAGUAUUUUUAUAAAGAAUCAUUAAUUAUUAUUGUAUUGUGUAUUUUUAUAAUAAAAAUGUGUUUCAGUGUAUUGAUUAUUUUUCUUCUGUUGGCAACAGUUCUUUUAUGUUUGUUUGUAUCCACUACUUCAUUGUCAUAAGCUGUGUCAAUAAUUCUUCAAUCUAACAAUGUUGAAUCAAUUUCGUUCAAGGAGUAAUUGGUAAAUAAUAUUUUAUAUCUUCUUAUCUCUGUUGAAAUUAUUUGUUUACUAUAAACUCUCCACUUCAAUUUUGUAUAUAUUAAGACAUUUUUUUUAAUUAUGUUUAUCUUAUCUGUGUUCAAACAAGAAUUAUGUACUGAAUUUUAAAAUUGAAAAGAUUGAUGUUUUCACCCUAAAAAAGAAGAGAAGACGAACAAUAUAUUUGCAUAUGCCUAUUGUACUGGUGAUUUCUGAAAAUAUUCUUUAUUAAAUAUAUAUUUUACA